GCCCAUAUAAAAAACAAUGCAAAAAGUUGGGAUUAUUUAUGUGAAUUUAACCCAAUAUAUAAAGUAUGUUCCUUCAAUUUUGUUGUUCUUCAAACACAGUAACUAAAUCAAUGAAAUGGCGCCAAAGAAGAAGGAAACCUCACUACCAUCUCCUUCAGAUAGCAUGUUUUCUGGGAUGUUCGUCUUCUUAGUUGAUACUGGUGUUCAACCUCGUCGAUUACAGAUAUGGAAGCAGAAAUUGGAGCAAAUGGGUGCUAAAAUUGAAGGGUAUUUGUCAAAGAAAGUAACUCAUAUUUUUGCCAUGAAUUUGAAUGCUCUCAAACAGAAAAUUGAUUCUAAGCGUUUGUCAACCUUCAAAGGAAAUAUUCUAGCGUACCAGUGGCUGGAAGAUAGUUUGAGAUUAGGAGAAAAGGUAUCCGAGGAUUCCUAUCGUCUCAAAGAGGAACCUGGUGAAAAUGUUUCCCAUCAGUCUUCAGCGGAGGCUUCUGGUCAUGCAAAUGAGAACUCUUCAGGCAGUGAAGAGGUUUCACCUCAUAAGAAGUUGAGAUCUUCUCCUCCUCUAAAUUUAAAAGAUUCAACCAAAGCGUUGCCUGAAGAUUCUAGAGAUUCAAGUGCUGAGAGCAAGGAAUUGCAUGGAGAGAUUUUUAGAUCUAGGAGUUAUGAUGGGUUGUCUGACACCUCGGAUGCACAGACUGCCAAUUUCAAUGUAGCUGGAAUUUCAGAUAAAGAAGUUAGCACAUACAACCCACCUGAUUUAAACAGGAAUAUCACUGAUGUCUUCAAGAAGCUCAUCGAUAAUUAUAGAGCACUUGGUGAUGAUCGAAGGUCUUUCAGCUAUUAUAAGGCCAUUCCCGUGAUUGAGAAGUUGCCUUUUAAAAUUGAGAGUGCUGAUCAAGUCAAGCACUUGCCUGGGAUCGGGAAGUCAUUGCGUGAUCAUAUACAAGAGAUAGUGUCUACUGGAAAGUUGUCAAAGUUGGAGCACUUUGAGAAUGAUGAAAAGGUGAAAACUAUCUCUUUGUUUGGGGAAGUUUGGGGAAUCGGUCCUGCCACUGCUCUAAAACUUUAUGAAAAAGGACACCGUACUUUGGAAGAUUUGGAGAAAGAUCCAUCUUUGACCAAAGCCCAGAAGAUAGGUUUACAAUAUUUUGAUGAUAUCAAGAAAAGGAUUCCGCGGCACGAGGUAGCAGAAAUGGAGAAAUUGCUGCAGAAGGCUGGAGAAGAAGUUCUGCCAGGAGUGUUGAUUGUAUGUGGUGGAUCCUAUAGACGUGGAAAAUCAUCUUGCGGAGAUAUGGACAUAGUAAUUACACAUCCUGAUGGGCAGAGUCACAAAGGUUUUCUAUCGAAGUUUGUCAAGCACUUAAAGGAUAUGAAUUUUUUAAGGGAGGAAUUGGUCUUCAGUACUCACAGUGAAGAGGGUACUGAUCAUGGAGUAGACACAUUUUUUGGCUUGUGCACUUAUCCUGGCCGAGAGCUACGCCAUCGCAUUGAUUUUAAGGUGUAUCCUAAGAAAAUAUACCCAUUUGGGCUGAUAGCAUGGACGGGCAAUGAUACAUUGAAUAGAAGGCUGAGAUUAGUGGCAGAAUCAAAAGGGUAUCGGCUUGAUGAUACGGGGUUAUUUCUUGCCACUCCAGGUUCAGGCAGUAAACGAGGUUCAAGAGGAACGGCGAGUUUGCACUUUGAUACAGAGAAGCAGGUCUUUGAUUUCCUGGGGUUUCCUUGGCUAGAACCACAUGAAAGAAACCUUUGAUGUAAAUGUGUACAUGUGAAAACUUGUAGCCCUGCUGAAAUUUGGUGGUUAUGUUGGUUUGUUUUAGCAUUCAACAGAUGAAACUUAGUUGGUAUGUGUAUACAUCUUUUGUUUUCCAUAGACAUGUACAGGAGAAUCUUCAGACAGUGCUUCUAGCUUAGGACUUGCAGACAAUGCUCGAAAACAUCUAGCCAUGGUCAUAUGUAAGGAAUGAGAUAGCCAAAUUCAGUUUUGAAUUUAGGUUUGUUCAGCUCAAUUCAUAUUGUAUCCUAGUUUAAGUCUUGUAAAAUGUUAAGUUAAUUUUUUUAUAAUCCA